AGUCUCUCUGCUGUCUUCCACUGCAGAGCUAAAGAGCAAGUGUGUCCAGGCGGGGAUCCGGAACAGAGGAGCGACUGUUGAGUGCAGCAGGACAGCUAGAGAGAAAAGGGGGGGAAAUGGUAGGAGUCGCAAGAUUUUGAGUUUCAAAACAAAGCGGGACACAAGCAGCUUGCCUGGGUGGGAAACGAUGUGGAAGGCAGAGGGACAGGGAUGUGUUUUAAGGUUCGAGAAAGUGACGUUUUAACGGAGUGCGACUGAUGAGAGUUGAGAACCGUGCUGAGGAUCAAGGACAAGCCGGUCCAGGGGUUUGUGUAAUAGGCAUACAGCCGAGCAGAGGAAUGGAUGGAGAUGUUCUUCAGGACGCACAUCACAGCAGAACAUCUCACAAACGGAGGUCAUCUAAAAACAAGGCCCCCCUGCCUCCAGCAGUGGUGCAUGGUCCAUUUGUGUCAUCUCAUGUGCCUGCAUUAACACACACCACCAUGGAACAGAAGGAGAAUCUUUUGGAGCAAGAGCUGCUACUGACAGUGGUGCUACCUGAAGGAGUGGAAAAGACCACAAUGGUGCACGGCAGUAAGCCCAUGAUUGACCUACUUGUGAUGCUGUGUGCAAAGUACCACCUCAACCCAUCAGGCCACACCAUUGAGCUAAUCUCCACCAAUAAGAACCACAUUAAAUUCAAACCCAAUGCUCUUAUCGGAGAUCUGGAAGCUGAGAAAGUUCUGCUUAAGCCCAAAGGCAUGGAGGACAAGAACAAGAAGUCUGGAUCACUAAUGCCAGAGGCUACUGUGCGUCUGGUAAUAAACUAUAAAAGGACCCAGAAGACAAUUUUGCGAGUAAACCCUAAGCUUGCUCUGCAGGAGCUGCUGCCUGCUAUUUGUGAGAAAUGUGAAUUUGAUGUGCAAAGCACCGUGCUGCUGCAGAACGUGCACUCACAGGAGCCUUUGGACCUGAUGAACUGUCUCAAUGACCUUGGCCUCAGGGAGCUCUACGCAAGAGACACACGGGUUAUCAGUCCAACAGACCUCCCUCCAUCACCAACUCCUUCAGAUGUUACUCAACCUGGCAAGGACAAACUUCAGAAAGAAAAAGAAAACAAGGGACUGUUUGGCAGGUUCAGAAGAGGAAGUAAAAAGAAACCUGAACAGGCAUCGACUGUGAGUGCACCAGCAUCUCCAAUCAACAGGAAAUCAAGACCUGCGAGCAUGAGUUCACUCAGCAUGCAUUCCGCCACAUACGACUCGAACACUAUACCGUCUGACACGCCAAAGAAGAGACGGGCCCCUCUACCCCCUCAGAUGAAGUCCUUUGACCUUAACAACUCUCAAACAAGCAGUCAUCCUGAUGACAACCAGGUCACUGCAUCUCUGAGUCGAAGUUUAUCUACUGAAUCAUCCCUUAAGAGGAGUAAGAGGAAGGCCCCACCACCCCCUACCUCCCCCGGCAGCUCUAUGGUGACCCAUGAUGAAAAAACGCAGGAUACAACUCUAACAGGAUUGCCAACGACCCCUGAGGAGAUCCAAGAAAAUCAAGAGUCUUUAAUGGUUCCUGACAACACUGUUGUCCAUGUAAACUCCAGUCCUGAGAGCUUAAGUCCUCUGCCAGAGCUUCUAGAGGACGACAGCAGUGUCAACCUCUCUGUUGAUGUCUCUCUGGAUUCAGGCAGAGCAGAAACUGCUUCCCUGACUCAGGAUACAGAAAUGGAAAGUGUAGCUCCCUCUAGGGAGAACCCAGAAGAAGUAUCACCUGAUCAGACCACAGAUGGCAAACUAGCUGCAGACUCUGAGGUGAAAAGUAAGCAGCCAGAGGAUGAUUGCGAUGUCCAAUUACAGUCAACAAACAAUGCCAGCGUUGAGAAGACUGAAAUGGCAUGUUUAACUGCUGAAGGUUCCACAGCAAUGAAGGAAAAGAGCACUUCACCAAUGGUUGCAGCUCAGGAUUCCAUAAACAUAGUUAUACACACCCAGCAAGCAGAGCCACAGGCUCCUCCUAAGCCCAGUUAUGCAGCAGCUGCAGUACAAACAACACCAAACAUUUCUUUUACUGGAACCAAUGCAAGUCAGACACAGACGGAAAUUCAAACUAAGAUAAACAGCUGUAAUGGGUCUACCCCUACCCCAGAGUCAAAUGUAUGUACGCCUGUAACCUUAGGAAGCCCAAAAAGAGACAUAGCCACAUCUACAGAAGAGACUCAAGCUCAAAAGAUUUACCCAAACUCUACUCAAAGCAUUGAUAAACAGGCAUUCACAUAUACUCACCUAUCUGAAAGGCCAAAAUCCACGCAGACCCCCAGUUCUGAAAAUCAAAAAUCUAUGCAGAUUUCCUCAGGAACUAAACAUGGAAGCUUACAGUACCUUCCUGCUUCUGACUCCAAGCCUAAACCCUCAAAUGAACUCACUCGCGAAUACAUCCCCAAAGUAGGUAUGACCACCUACACUAUUGUGCCUCCAAGGUCCUUGGACAAUCUACGCUUCUUUGAAGUAGAGCUGACGCUUGAGUCUCCCAGUGUGCCUGGAAUCCAGGAAGUGAAUGUGGAGUCUUUAAAUAAAAAACCAACAUCACCAGCAGCAGCAUCUCCCACCAGGGUUGAGUGCAGGUCUGGCAGUGCCAGUGAUCUCCCUCCAUCCACUUCCCCAACUGUAAGCUCUCCUUCAGACUCCUCUUAUAUCCCUCAGCCCAAGGAGAAGAAAAUUCCACCUGCGACCAGGCCCAAACCAGCUUCUUUCCGUAUACCACAGAAUAAAAGAACUCCUGGAGGUUACGUCAGCUCGGCAGUAGUGCGCAGUAGGAGUUUGAGUGAGGAAAAGGAGCCUCUAGGUAGCCCACAAAGGGAAAAUUUCAAUGGGCCUACGGAAGAUGUCUUCCCCCUUCCUCCACCACCUAUCCAGUGGGAGGAGGAGAAAAAGACUACAAAGGAGCAGCACAAGACUCCACCAAUAUCUCCACUAAAGCAAGAGAGAAUGUUACAGUCUAGUCUAGCUUCUUCCCCAAGUGAGACUGAAGUGUUUAGUGGCACCGCACAUUCAGGUUUGCCCCGCCAAAUGAGUUUACCACCCCCUGGCCUGACUCUGGAAAAGCUCCGGACUUUUUCAGCACCAAAGCCAUACACCUCAUCUACACCAUCACGAUUUGCCCAGGCUGUCAAUUCUGCAGUCAAGAGAUCUCAGUCGCUUACCCACAAUCCUGUUGUGUGUGGCCGCAAGUUGCCUUUGGCGAUGACUAAACGGUGUACAAUCAGAGAGACAGAUGAGCUUGUUGAAAUACCCUCUUUCAGGGAUGUGGACGGUGAGCAUGGACAGAGGAAGAGCAGCAGUGACUCCUAUGUUUCUCCAGUUGAAGAGUCCGAGGAGGUGUGGAAAAAAAGAACGCCUGAUCUUUCUUCAAAUAGUGGGUCUACUGCUCACUGCCUCUGAGCAUAUAUUGUUGUCUCCAGUGAAGUUUCCAGUCCUGAAGGCUUUUUCUGGCACAGUUUCAGAGUAUUUAAACACUUCUUUACUGUAGCUUUAAACUUCAUUCCACCUUAGUGCCUUAAUGAGCACUUUUUUCAGCUCAGCGCCUUUAUACCUUGUCCUUACCUUUUGUCCACUGUGAGGACACUCCAGCUCAGUGCACCUGAACUAGGAAGUGUACAGGACGACAACAGCACUGUAAAUUCAUUUAAGUCUGUUUUAAUCCUCUAUGUUUUCCGCUUUCUAUUGCUUGGCAACAUUUCUCUUCAGGAAAUCACAGAUUUUGAGAAACACUUAAAGAACUAUUGCUAUUUCGUGCAAUGCAGUGACCACUACUAUAAAAGAGAGAAAAGAAAUUUCGCAACUAGCUUACUGCUUGAUUAGCAAACAUUCUACCUGACAGUGGAAAGGGAUAGUGGCCACUUUGUUCUAUUAUAUUGUAAUUUAAUUUUUAAUUCAUCAACUCUCACUGCUCUCAGAUAAUUUACAGUGUUAAACCUGACAUAUCCCAGCAUGACAUUAUGGGAAUACAUUGAAAAAUAUUGGUUAGAUGCAUUGAUUAUUUUCAGAGAAUGUUUCAUGUACUUUAGUGUUUGGGACAUUUAUAGUAUUUCAGUAAAAACACGGUCUGGACCUUAAUGCUUCUGGCAGUGUGUGAGUGUUAGUCAGGGUCUUGAUAAGAUCAGUUUAAGCAGGUGUGCUAGCACACAGAACUAAAAUGAAAUGUGCCCUGUACUGUUUAAAAUGUCCAUACACCCUCUUAAGGGUACAUUUGCCUUCUUUUUCUAUCUCCAGCAAGUCAACAUUUGAGUAAGUGUAAAAUUGUGCUUAGCAGUUGAUACAGUGAUACAGUAGUUAAUACAAGCUCUGUACUCCAAGCAAAUAUGUAAUGCUCCUACAGGAGAAUAAGGUCACUGGGUUUAAAUCAUUAUCUCGCAGGUAAUUCACAACGCAUGCCAUUUUUCGAGCUUGAUCACACUUGAUGCAUUUAUUGUAACCAUCUUAGUUGCAUAAUAUGAUAAUCCUUACUAUGUCUAAUGUUCUAUUGAUUUUGAACAUGAUAUUUUAUAGUUUUUUUUUCUUCAAUUACAAAUAUGUUCAGGUUUAUGGAAGAUGGGUAGUUUUAUUUGUGUGUGCUUCUCUUUAACUUAUUAGAUGUAGUGUGUAGAGUACUGUGUUUAUCAGUUCAUGUGCAUAAGGUACUCAAAUACUGUAUGCCAGCCUGGUGUUGCCUUAAACCUGUGUGCAUGUAUACUGAAUGCAUACCUUUAGUGCAGCUAUACAUUACUGGUGGACAUUACAUACCUGUAAAUUACAUAGAUCACAAUGAAGUAAGCAGAAUGUAAUGGUAUGUAACUGCACCCAUAUAAUAAUGCAUUAAACAAGUAGUAGUCAUGUGUAACAAACAGGUCUGAUGGCUGCAAAUGGAAAAAAAAACAAGCUUUUUUAACAAAGCUGAGCACAAAGAGAAACACACUGGUCUG